AUGAUUAUUUGUCGAACACUUUGUUCAACUCAAAGAUCAAGUGCAAUCACAAAUGCCGAAAAAACAUACCCACAUUCAGGUGCCCGUACUGUAUUUAAUGGUGUGGGCUCUCAAGCAAUGUUUACUGCACAGACUGCACUAAUACCAGAACUUACUGCAGGAGAAAUUCUUGUUAAAGUUCGUUUAGCAUCAAUUUGCAUGAGUGAUGUACAUACAAUUACAGGCCAACGUAUUGAACCGAUACCAAGUGUUCUUGGUCACGAAGCUAUUGUUCAAGUUGUUAGUCAUCGUCGACCUGAAAGUGAUUUAGCUGUAGGCGAUCGUUUAACAUUUUCAGUUGCAGAUUCUUGUGGUCAAUGUGAAUUUUGUUUAACUGGACUCAAUCAAAAAUGUGUUAAACUAUUUAAAUAUGGCCAUGCGAAAUUAAGUGAUGGAUCUGGAUAUAAUGGUUGCUAUGCUACACAUAUUAUCCUUCGACGUGGUACUCAUGUUGUAAAAAUACCUGAAACUGUAUCAGAUCGAUGUGCAGCACCAAUUAAUUGUUCAUUAGCAACGACAAUGUGUGCUAUGGAAUAUGUACCGAAAGUAAAAAAUGGACGUGCUUUUGUUCAGGGUGAUGGUAUGCUUGGUUUAUAUACAUGUGCAGCUCUUCGUGAACAUGGUUUUGAAAGGAUUUAUUGUUCUGGAACUCGUUUACAACGUUCACCAUUUAUAGAACAUUUUGGUGCUAUUCCACUCUAUAAUGACGAAAUACUUGAAGACGAAACAAACAAGAUUGAUGUUGUUGUUGAAGUAUGUGGAGUACCAAAUGUAGUGAAUGAUGGUUUACGACUAUUGAAACCUGGUGGACUAUAUCUUUUUGUUGGUAUGGUUCAUCCACAUUCACAAUUGAAUAUUACUGGAGAACAAAUUAUUCGUAUUCAUAAUUAUGCUCCACGCCAUCUUGAUCAAGCUGUUCAAUUUCUCGAGAAAACACUUAAUAAAUAUCCUUAUGAAAAAGUAAUCGGACCAACUUAUGAUUUAUCUGAUUUAUCAUAUGCUAUGCAAGUCGCUGUUGAAAAACAUUAUGGUCGAGUCUUAAUUAAGCCAAAUGUACUAACAUCAUGA